AUGACCAUAUUGUUCAUUUUCAUAUUGAGUUUUCUCUUGGAGUUUAGCAUUAUGAUUUAUGAGCCAGUAGAUGAGAUCAUAGGUGCGGAAGCAAUGUUUGCAGAUUUGGGUCAUUUUUCUGUACCCGCAAUACAGAUUGCCUUCACAUGCGUGGUAUUUCCCUGUCUCCUCCUUGCUUAUAUGGGCCAAGCGGCUUUUUUGACAAAGAACCCAAGUUCUUAUUCAAGCGUAUUCUACAAGUCUGUUCCAGAGAGUCUGUUCUGGCCAGUGUUUGUGAUAGCCACACUUGCUGCUAUGAUUGCCAGCCAAGCAAUGAUAUCUGCUACGUUUUCGUGCAUAAAGCAAUCUAUGGCUUUGGGAUGCUUCCCCAGGCUGAAGAUAAUUCACACCUCAAAAAAGUUCAUGGGUCAAAUUUAUAUCCCCGUAGUUAAUUGGUUUCUGAUGAUCAUGUGCAUAGUUGUGGUUUCCAUAUUUCAAAGCACAACUGAUAUUGCGAAUGCAUAUGGCAUUGCUGAAGUUGGUGUCAUGAUGGUCAGCACCAUCUUGGUGACCCUUGUAAUGGUUUUAAUUUGGCAGACUAACUUGCUUUUGGCAUUGUGUUUCUGUCUUGGAUUUGGUUCAGUGGAGUUAAUUUACAUGUCUUCUGUCCUAUCCAAAAUCUUUGAGGGUGGCUGGCUUCCACUUGCCUUUGCUACCCUUUUCCUAUCUGUGAUGUACACUUGGAACUAUGGUAGUGUAUUGAAGUACCGAAGUGAAGUUAGAGAGAAGGUUUCAGUGGACACAAUGCUUGAGCUUGGCUCCAAUCUCGGAACAGUAAGAGUGCCAGGUGUAGGAUUGCUUGGUUCCUCAAGAAGAAAGAUUUCUAUUUCGANUUAA